AUGGUAAACGUAAAACGUGGUGUAUUAAUAAAAUGCGAUCCAGCAAUGCGACAACUUUUAGCACAUUUAGACGAAUCGCGAGCACUUUCAACAAAAUUCGUUGUUAAAGAACUCGAUGAAACGCAUAUUUUCGUUGAUAAAGAAAUUAUUCCCAUACUUGAACAGAAAUUGGAUCAAUUUAUGGACGCACUUUCUCCUGAUUACAUUGAAAAAUAG